AUGGCCGAGUCCGACCAAGAUGCCGAGACCCGCGAGAGGAAGCGGGACAAGAUCAACGACUUUCUCCAAAAGAACCUCAACAAAGGCGAGCUCGCCCUCAAGCAUGCCAUCGGGCUCGGCCACCAGCCCAACGCCGUCCCCGUGACGGAGCCGCUGCUCGACGGCCCGCCGCGCCCCGUCGAGGUCGGGUGGCACCCCGUCGGCGGCCUCGCGGGCAAGUGGUUCGCCGAGGAGACGGGCCUCGGCAAGAUGAUCACCGACAAGAUCAACAGGUACCCGGACCCGACGCAGCACUGGGCCGUCCUCGUCGGCGAGUUUGCCCACCAGCUGUGGAUGGACGAGAGCUUCCACGUCAUAUACACCAACGAACGGAUCAAGCGCGAGGAGUGGCGGACGUUUAGCGUCGGCGAGACGCGCUUCAACGACGACGCCGUCCGGCGGGCCGGCGAGUCGGUCAUCGAGUCCAUCAGGGACGAGAGGCCGGCGUACAACCUCAUCACCAACAACUGCCAGACCUACGCGCUGCAGCUGCUCGACGCCAUCAAGGCCGGCGGCGACACGCAGUUCGGCACCACGCUCGCCGUCUACGAGAGGAUCAAGGGCCCCGGCAAGGUGAUGGACCUGUUCAACAAGCCCGCCGAGGGCGCCGAGGCGCUGCCGCCCAGCCAGGACACGGUCUCGCUGGCCCAGCAGGUCAUGGACGAGAACACGACCCAGCUGGACCCGCAGGAGCAGAGGGACAAGCCGGAUGAGGAGGAGAGCGAGAGGGAAGGGGAUGGGGAGAAGAAGAAGAAGCGCGGUCUCUUCUCGCGCAUGCUGCGGCGUUGA